AUGAGGAAGCCCAAGAAGGUGAGAGCCUCAAAAGUAAAGCUGGCUGGCCUUGGUAGAACAGUAAAUCCCAGGAGAAUAACUCUCAGGGUAACAAGAAGGAUAGCUGAGAAUACCAGAAUGUAA